AUGCCUAUCUCACAUGUCAUGGUCAAGCCUAGUGCCAGUCAGCACACCGCCGUUGUCGACUUUUACACCAAAGCUUUGAAGCCACUAGGCUACUCGAAGCUUAAGAGCUUCCCCGAUGGGUUGACAGGCUUUGGCAGCAAAUCCCCCGACUGGUGGGUGGCUAUUAAUGACAAGGAUACUCAUUCAACCUUUCAUGUCGCAUUCCGAGCAUCAGACUCGACUGCCGUUGACGAAUUCUAUACGGCUGCUAUAGAAGCUGGCGCCAAGGAUAACGGGCCUCCCGGCCUGCGUGCGGCCAUGGAUCCUAAGUACUAUGCUGCAUUCAUCCUUGACCCAAUGGGAAACAAUAUCGAGGCUGGUUGUAUGGUCGAAUAA